CCGCUGUCACAGCGCUCAGUCCGUGAUGAGACGCGAGCUGGUGAGUCUGUGUCCGGUGUCGUGCUCUACGCCUGGUAUGAUACGAGCGUCUGCUCUCUGUGUGCGUGUGUGACGCGGCUUGCGGACAUUUCGCCCACAAAGUGUACAGUUCAGUGAGUGUGAAUGAGUCUUUACGACAAUAUGAUCAGUUCCAAUGGGAAUCAGUACCUCAGGCCGGAAUAUCUGUCGCCUCUUCCCACCACGUUGGACGCCAAGAAGAGUCCCCUAGCGCUGUUGGCGCAGACCUGCAGCCAGAUCGGCGCGGACUCUCCCAACACCAAGUCACUGCUCGCACCGCUCGACAAGACCACCAAGAAGUCUGACACUCCGAGAGACAAGUCGUCUCCGUCCUCAGUCAGCAGCUGCUCCCCGGUCAACGCCAAGUCUAGCUUCAAGCCGUACGACUCUGCGGUCAAGGACCUGUCCACGUCGGAGGAUAAAUCCAGUAGAGUAAAAACUCCCAGCAAGGCUCCGACUCCCGCUCAGAGAUGUAGCAGCAACCAGAGUGCAUCCUCCCCGAGAGCUUCUCCUGGUAACCGCAAAACCCCCGCCUCUCAGGAACUCCCGGCUACGUCCAGAUCCGAGUCCGCUAGUCACAGGAGUAACUCUCCUCAGGUGAAAACUUCUGAGGCAGGAGGGUUCAAAUCGGGCUCCUCCUUACCACCGAUCACGUCUUCUGCUUUCCUGCCCGGGUACCCGGGUUCCCUCCCUCUGGACGUUAUGGCGUCAAGUUUCCUGAACCACCCGCUGAAGGCCGGGAUCAACCCGUACCUGAGCUACGCGAGGAUGAAGACGGCCACAGGAGCUGACACUCUGGUGCCCGUGUGUCGUGACCCCUAUUGUACAGGGUGUCAACUCAGUAGCCACUUGCUGUCCCCGGGCGGUAAGGGUGCCUGCCCCGCCGGCUGUGUGCAGUGCGAGGGCAAGACUCCCCCAGGGUUCCUCCCCAGCCCGGGCCACCACACCUCGGCGGUCGCCGCAGCCUACGCCCACGCUCAGCUUGCAGCCCUCGCCGCUGCCUCCCAACUACCCUACGUCUGCUCCUGGAUAGGAGGAGACGCCACCUACUGCGGCAAGCGUUUCUCCAACUCCGACGAGCUUCUGCAACAUCUCAGGUCCCACACGUCCGACUCUCUCCUCGCACCUUCUCCGUCCAGCCACCACCUCCUCAACAGAACCUAUCCCACCCCCCCUCUCAGCCCUCUGGCCACCGCCAGGUACCAUCCUUACAGUAAACCACCACUAUUACCACCGUCUCUCUCGUCCGCAUUCCCCCUCCCUCCCCACCCCGGUCUACCUCCUUACUUCUCACCCUACUCGUUGUACGGACCUCGUCUCGGAACGUCUUCCGGCAUGCACCCCUAGGGCGGACCGAACCUCUGUGAUGCUAGUGACUGUGAGAGGUCCGACAACGGGUGAUCUACCAGACUGCUUCUCAGCGUCCGCCGUCUCGUGUCGCCUCAACUCUAUUUUUGUGUGUAUAUAAGUAUGAUAUAAAACGCUCAUUCCUUAUCCGCAGUGUAGUGUUUAAGAUCAAGUUGUUAAUGUGUACUUCUGGGUGUUGGUGCGAUUACUUUCCUCUAUUUUCUAAAUGUCAUUUCCGGUUUUAGUUCAAACUAGACUAACUAAAACAGUAAUUAUAUUGUUUUGACACAUUUUCUACGUUCUAGAUUUGAAUGUGAAAUACAAAGUCAUGCACGGUAUGUCACUGAAAAAGUAUAUAUUUUUGGGUUCUCUUUAUAUUUUCUUUUUUCUCCUGUGUAAAAAUAAAAUGUAUAUUUGUCAAUAUUUUUGAAUGUUUGUAAGUCUAUUUAUACGACACUAGCCAAAGGUCUGUUAUUAUAUAUGUCUAUUAGUUUAUUGUGUAUUAACUACUAGAGUUAUUUAUAGCCUAAAUUGUUUAAUGUUACCGACUAUAUUUUAAUGGUACACUUGUUUUCCUGUAAUAGCACAUUUUCAGACUUUCCAACAUGUUUUGACGUUCUAUUAAAGACGGUAAUAUUACAUUUGUUAAUAAUUUUAAGAAUAGAAUUUCAUCAAUAAUUAAUUUAUUGAAAAUAAAUAUCAUUGUGUGAUCA